ACGACUCUCUCAAUCGCAGUUAAUUUCAAAACCACCACUGAGAAGAACCAACUGCGGCGUGUUCGUGGAGGAGGCGCCAUGGAUAGAGUCGCCUACAAUACUCCGGCCACCGGAGAAGAUAUAUUUAAGGAUUAUAUGGGGAGGAGGAACGCCUUGAUCAAAGCGCUCACUACCGACGUUGAAGAAUUUUUCCGGAAGUGCGAUCCUGAGAAAGAAAAUCUCUGUCUCUAUGGAUUUCCUAACGAGCAGUGGGAAGUUAAUUUACCUGCUGAGGAGGUUCCAUCGGAGCUUCCAGAACCUGUUUUAGGUAUAAACUUUGCAAGGGAUGGAAUGGAAGUAAAGGACUGGUUGGCACUUGUUGCUGUACACAGUGAUGUAUGGUUACUCUCAGUUGCAUUCUAUUAUGGCGCGAGAUUUGGUUUCGAUAAAGCUGACAGAAAACGCCUAUUCAAUAUGAUAAACGAUCUUCCAACAAUUUUUGAAGUUGUGUCUGGAGUUGCAAAGAAGCAAGUGAAGGACAAGUCAUCUGUCUCAAACCAUAGCGGCGGGAGAUCCAAAUCAAAAUCGGGGAAAGCGUCGAAACCCCAGGCGAAAGACGAGGACGACGCAGUUGUCGACGAGUUUGAGGAGGACGAAAACGGAGAAACCCUGUGCGGGGCAUGCGGGGAGAACUACGCGACGGAUGAAUUCUGGAUCUGCUGCGACGUAUGCGAGACGUGGUUCCAUGGUAAGUGCGUGAAGAUCACUCCUGCUAGGGCCGAGCACAUCAAGCAGUACAAAUGCCCGUCUUGCAGCAACAAGAGGGCCCGUGCUUGACUUCACGGUACCCCACCUACCUACCUACCUACCUACGCUGGUUCGUUCUCUUUUACUAUAUAUAUAUUGCAUUCUGCAGCUAUAACCAAGGUGCGUAGUUGCUUUGUGUAAUUGUUUUUUUUAUAUCGUUUCUAGGGAAGUAUGAAAUACAAUCGUUGUCGUCGUGGUUGUUGGUAGUGUUGUUAUGUGUUGGUUCUAUUGUAGUUAGAUAUAUACAGUUCUUAACUCUUUGGUUCGCUGUAAAGGAGGUUUUAUUAGGGGUUUGUAGGGAGGGAUUGAUCAAAAAAGUCUUGUGUGUCUUUUGUGGGUCUUAAGUAAGAAUUAACUGCUGCAUUUAGUC